UCUAUAUCAAGCCUGACGAAGCUUUCUUUUACAAGAGGAGCUUUAGACCGUUCAAAUCUAGAUCUUACUCCUUCAAAAUCUUUGUAUUAUCUCCCUUAACUACUUGCUUGGUCUAUCAUGGCUUCUCAACUCCUUCCCCUCGAGCUGAUCGACAAGUGUGUCGGAUCCAGAAUCUGGGUCAUCAUGAAGAAUGACAAAGAAUUCGCUGGCACUUUGCUCGGCUUCGAUGACUACGUCAAUAUGGUCUUGGAAGACGUUACUGAAUUCGACUACACCGGCACCCAGGUUAAGCUCCCCAAGAUCUUGCUAAAUGGAAACAAUGUCUGCAUGUUGAUCCCUGGUGGCGAAGGGCCAGUUAGUAGCGCUUAGCGCCUGAUAUCCCAUGCUGUUUGUUUCUGUUUUGAAGAGAAAAAAGAAUUCGCUUUGAUGAGCAAUGAUAUCUUAUAGAAUUUACUAUAAUAGGGAAACCAAUAUUGUUUUUGUUUCUUUAGCCCUUACUUGUCCUGUUUUGAGUCAGGGGGUUGGGUUAGGUUGGGCUGUUU